AUGGCAGCCGAAGCCGAGCCUAUCGCUCCCCCACAAACAGAAGAAACCAACGGUGCCACAGAAGAACCAACUGUGGAAGAGACAAUCACAGCGGGCACAGAGGUUACUGAAACAGGUGCACAAGAUGUAGCAGAGCAGGUUGCUAAGGAGGCGGUGGUUGCUACGGAGGAGGAGAAGCCUUUGAGUGUGUUUGAUCAGUAUUGGAAUGCUCUGGAAAAGAGCCCCAGGGAUUUUGAUACUUGGGUGUCAUUAUUGUCCCUGGCUGAACAGAAUGCGGAAAUUGAAGGUGUCCGAAAGGUGUGUGUACUAUGA